ACCCCUGGUUCCUGUUGAUUUUUGAUAAACUCACAUCGUCUUUUAUUUUGCUCCAUUCAGGACAGAGCUGUGAUACACGACCAGGAGCUAGCGACUCAUUCUUUCCUCCCUCAUCUUCACAGGCCCGAGAACAUGCUGUUCCUCCUUUCCCACCCUCUUGUGGACUCCUCGCUCUGGCCUAACUCUCAGAGCCUCUGACACUGGUACCCAGGCAAGGUACAAUGUCCCUGCCACCGUCCAAACUGGUUAGCCCCUAUGGUUCUGACCGACUGGUACGGCUUGCAGCCAGGCUACGGCCAGCACUCUGUGACACCCUGAUCACAGUAGGCGACCAGGAAUUCCCUGCCCACAGCCUGGUGCUGGCAGGGGUGAGCCAGCAGCUGGGCCGGAGGGGCCAGUGGACCCUGGCAGAAGGCAUCAGCUCUUCCACCUUUGCCCAGCUUCUAAGCUUCGUGUAUGGGGAGAAUGUGGAGCUCCAGUGCAGGGAGCUGGGGCCUCUAGAGGAGGCAGCCAAGCUGCUGGGGGUACAGGCCCUGGAAGAGGCAUGCCAGCAGGCGCAAAGGGAGAGAGCUGAAGAGCUGGAUCACGGGCUAAAGAACCAUGAGGAGGAACCAGAGCAGCCCACAGGGGACCCCAAGAGAGGAAAAGAGGCUCAGAGAGCCGGGACUUGUACAAGUGUUGGGCGAGAACCGGAGAUGCCGCACCAGCACAAGUUACCAAGAGACAGCCCUGAGAUGCCAGAGGCAAAGCAUGAAGGUCAAGGUCAGUGGCAGCCCACGGGAGCAAAGGAGGAGAGCCGCAGCCGAUCCCUUCUUGGCCAUGGGGGAGCAGAUGGGAAGCAAGCAGCAGUGCUGCAGGUGAAGGAGAGCUCUAAGGGCUCUGAAGAAAGUCUGCGGGAGUUCCCCGGCCCCCUUCCCCCGCCAGGUUCUCUCUGGGCCUUUGACCUCCCCGGGCCCCGCUGGGCUGAGGCCCCAUGGCUGAGGGAGGGCCAGCCCGCCCUAUGGAACAUGCUGUUGUGGCCGCCCAGAUAUGGCACUCCUUUUUCCCAUAGCACCCCAAGCACGGGAACCUGGCAGAAGGUCUGGCCUCUGCACCAGAGGUGUCCACUGUCCCUGAACGCCCCCAAAGGGCUCUGGAGUCAGAACCAGUUGGCCUCUUCCAGCCCUACCCCGGGUUCCCUGCCCCAGGGUCCAGCACAGCUGCGUCCAGGGGAGACGCCAGAGUCCCAGCAGGGUCACCCAGGUUCGCCCACAACCUGUCUGGAUCGGGAGGGCACUACAGGUCAUCCACUUGGCCAACACCCUCCCCGGCCCCCUCCCGCGAGGUCUCGGCCCUAUUCUUGUCCUGUCUGUGGCAAGAGGUUUUCACUCAAGCACCAGAUGGAGACGCACCACAGAGUCCACACAGGAGAGAAGCCCUUCUCCUGUGGCCUCUGUCCUCAGCGCUCCAGAGACUUCUCGGCCAUGGCCAAGCACCUGCGGACGCACGGGGCUGCGCCCUACCGCUGCCCUCUGUGCGGAGUCGGCUGCUCCAGCCUGGCCUCCAUGCAGGCGCACAUGCGCAGCCACUCGCCCAGCCAGCUGCCGCCCGGAUGGACCAUCCGCUCCACUUUCCUCUACUCUUCCUCCCCGAGACCGCCCCGGGCCUCGACCUCUCCCGGGAGUCCGUCUUCCACCUGUCUCUGAUGGGGCGAUUCUGCUGCCCUGGGGCCCUCGGCCCGCCUACCACCGCGCCAGCGAACCCCUGUGGAGUGGCGGUGAUUCCAGUGUGCAAGCGCGCAGACGAACCGCAAGGGGAGGGGGGUUGUCGAUUGCAUCACCAUAAUAAAAGAAUUUCCUGUGCUUUUCCGCUCUGGGC